AUGUUUAAACAACAUGGCGACUUUUAGAAAGCAUUGUUAAGAAAGGACUGUCAAAAAAUCCGUCCAAAACAAAUUCGGUGAAAAGAACUUAGCUUAGAUUUAAGACUAGUAUGAAACGAUCGCAACCAGAUACGUCAGGGGAGCCCCCAACGAAGAAGCCGGUUCAAACAAAGUUGAUUCCUUCGGUAAACAUCGGAUCUGUUUCCACCGAGGAUGAAAUGAACUUGAAAGUUUUGCAAUUCCAAAACAAGAAAUUAUGUGAAAGACUUGAAGAACUUAAGACUAGUGAAGAGAAGUUAACAGAACAAAUACAUGCCAUGAAAGAGAAGAGAGAUUCUGACUUUGCCAUUAUUUCUGUCUUCAACAGGCACUGGAUGCAGCUUGAUGAAGACAUUAAAACAAUACUACAAAGAUUUGAAGGUAUUGUGGAGGAAGAUUCAGAACAGACAUCCAACGAGGCCACUCUUUCCUACUUGGACUACCUAGCCAACUUAGAUUCUGAACAAGUUGCGGAAGAAUUGAUAAAGAGAUCUGAUGCCACCAAAGAACACACAAGAAAGCUGUUACAUUAUGUAGAGAUGUCUGGGCCAUUUACAUCAAGGUCUGUGGAAGAGAAACUAGACAAAAAAUUUCAGAUUGCAGCUGAAAAAGAGGAAAAUAAAGAUGAGAAUCAACAAGAACAAGAGGAAACUACAGUUUCAGAGUCACAUUCUGCUGAAUCAGUAAAAUCUGACCUAGAGUCAGACAAUAAGCAGUUAAGGGAGUUGGUCACCGCCCUUCAUCAAAAGCAGCAAACUACAUCACUAGAGUUUUCAGAAAUUCGAGACAAAUAUGCAUUGGGUCAAAAAGAGAUUGCUCAACUGAACACUGAGGUGCAAGAUGCUUCAUAUGAUCUGCAAAAAGCUAAUCACCGUGUUGCUAACUUAGUUAAAAGAUUGAAUGAGUUGGAAGAUAUCAAUAAGAGACUGCGUGAAGGAACAACAACACCAGGUGAACCAGGUGAAAGUGGUCCAGCUCAGAGUGAUGAAGUAUCCUUGGAGCUGGAGGACUUGAGGGAUUUGGCAAAAACAAGACUUGAAGAGUUAGAGAAAGUGAAUGAAAAUUUUAUCACAAGCCAACAAGAGCUAGAAAAACUGAAAUUAGAGAUGAACAAUAUGUCGGAAAGUUCUGUUCUUCAAUCAGCGCCUUAUAAAUGUUUACAAUCACAAUUUUCAGUUCUUUAUGGAGAGGUUACACAGCUUCGUCAACAACUUGAUGACACGCGUCGUGUUCUCAGCACAACUAAAACUCAGCAUGUACUUCAACUAGAACAAGUUGAGUCGAACAAUGUCACAAUACAAAAGAAAUAUAAGGCUGAAGUUAGCGAACUUCAUGAUGCUCUUCUGCAAGUGAAAAGAGACUAUGACCUGCUACGAAUGGAGUUUGAACAGAACCUGAAAGCAAAUGAACAGACAGGACCUAUGACGAAAGAGAUGAGUCACAUGAUAAACAGUUUACAGAGUCAUAAUCAGCAACUCAAGGUUGAAGUUUCGAGAUACAAACGGAAAUUCAGCGAAGCCCAAGUUCAAGUUGUCAAGUUGUCCGAAGAGUUGAAAAAAGUUAGAGAACCAGACAAGAAGCCAGAACCAACUGAAGAAAAAUUCCAACAAGAAAGUCAGACAAGCAAAGACGAACCAGAGGCAAAGACGUCAAAGCCAGAGGAAGAAGGGGAGAUAGAAGACGGCGAGGAGACUGCAGCCACCAAUAAAUCCACUGACUUGGAACUUAAGGAAUUACGGGAGAAUUUAAAGAAAUCCCAAGAAACUCAGAAAGAGAUGAAACUUGUGUUGGAUGUUUACAAAGGAGCUGCUAAAGAUCUGAGGGAUAAAGUGGAGCUGUUAACCGAGGAAAAGCGCCUAAAAGAGCAGAUAGAGGAGCAGAAAAACCGCACAGAAAAUCUUGAGAAAGAAUUAGAGAAGCACAAAGGAGCUUUGGCUGACGAAGAGGCUAUACAUAGGCUAAAAAUGGCCGAAGAAACCAUUGAACAAUUACAGAAGAACUUAGCAGCAACAAAACAGGAGGAGGAUGCUGUGUUGGCAGAAAUGGAGUUCACUGGUCAGGCUUUUGAGGAAAUGCAGGAACAGAAUGUUCGACUUCUGCAGCAGUUAAGAGAAAAGGAUGACGCUAACUUGAAACUGAUGUCUGAGCGAAUCAAAGGUAAUCAGAUUCAGAAACAGAUCCGUGAGGAGAUGGACGUUUUGGCAGAUCACGUGACCUCACUCAAUACACAUCGCGAGACGCAGACUCAGUUAGUGAAGAAACUGGAGGAGAGAGAAAAAGCUUUACAGAACGCAGUGACUUCGUUGGAGAAGGAACUAAAUCUUAGGCAACAAGCAAUGGAGUUACAUAAACGAAAGGCAAUAGAGAGUGCACAGGCAGCCCAGGAUAUGAAAAUCCGGUUUGACUCGUUUCAGCAACAAUUUCAAGAGGCUCAAGAUUGCUUGUCAGAGCAGACCCGAGCAUCUGAAGAAGAAGCAUUCAAGUCACGUAGAAUUCAGGAGGAGUGCGUAAAUCUAAAGCGUAGACUUGAGAAGGAGAAGAAGAAUGUUUUAUAUGGCGCAGCGGACGAAAUUCUUUUAGAGGAAAUCAAACAGUAUAAGGCCAAGCUGACGUGUCCUUGUUGUAAUACACGUAAGAAGGACUCCAUCUUGACCAAAUGCUUUCACGUGUUCUGUUUUGAAUGUCUGAAGACCAGGUAUGACACGAGACAGAGGAAAUGCCCAAAGUGUAACGCUACGUUCGGAAAUAAUGACUUUCAUAGGAUUUAUCUUUAGUAAAACACAACAAAAAGGGUUGAAGCACUCCGGGCAAACAAUAUGCUGAUUAAAGAGACUGCAGGUGUCGCAGAAAGAGUUUAAGUCAAAUGGAAGCAAUAGAAAUAGUUUGUGUCUUUGUCUAGUAGUAUCUGCGAACCUAAGAGCGCUGUAAAAUUGACUAUUGUUAGCCCAAAACCAAAGGUAAACAACGGUUAGUAGUUUUGGAUUGCUGCCAGAUUGGUCAAGUAGGUAACGUAAAGUAACUAGGUAACUCAGGAAUACAUGAUGCCAAACCGAUCUAGAAAUAACUAAAUAAAUAUUGUCACGUUGUUUUUAUCUUUUA